AUGAGGCUAAUAAGGUAUAAAUAUUUGGCUCUAAUUUGGCUCUACGCAAUUCAAAAACCGCUCCAAGAAAGUGUCAUGGCUUCCGAAAAAGUCUCCAGUAGUUGCGCACCUACAGAGACCGCUGAAGACUAUCACAAUGACACCUUCUAUGAUGAACCCAACACGUUGAUAUUCACGAUAUUCAGUCAACAUGCGGUCAUUGUGGAGUCGUGA